GACCUUAAGAAGUAACGACACCAUUUGUGUUAGUAUAUUUAAAAAUAACAUUAAUUACACUUGCCUGUUAGUAGAAGCUUGCCGUUUCUUGAUGAUUCAAGAGAAUUUGCAUUUCGUGAAUUGAAAAGAGGGACUGGGUUUCCCAAAUACCUAUACGGAAAUAUUUGAAAUAGAGUUUCAUUGCCUUCGUAGCCGGUUUAAGUGACAACGGUGUAGGAGAAAUGGAGGUUUCCAUUAAUGAGGAAGAAUCAGAAUCAAUCGAACUUCCUGGGAACUCAAGAAAUUUCAUUCAAAUCCCAAGUUCGACCAUUCUAGAAAAGACUGAACUCACUGAAUUCUACAGCAGCAUCUUCAGAAAUUGUGACUCUAACAACGAUGGGUUCAUUAGCAUAUCAGAACUCAAGGCUUUCAUAGAAAGAGAAGAAAACACCAAAAUAUCCAAAGAGUUAUCUGAAAACAUUUGCCUAUAUUUUGAUACAAACGAAGACAAACAACUCGAUUUCAGAGAAUUCCUGGAGAUGGUCAAUAGUCCUUUGUUCAUAGGUUCUUUUCGAAACACUGCAACUAGGAUUUUGAAGUUCAUUGCCAUGCCAAACAAAAACGGGAGAUUUGAACUGCGACGAACUUUGACACAAACUGGAAUUUACGAAAAGAAGUUCACAUGGAAAAAAACCAAUGUUCGGAUGUUGGUAUUAUCGGUUAUUCAGAUAAUAUUCUUCUACGUCAAUAAGUCAUACAAAACCGAUAUAAAACAUGGCCCCUACUAUUGUACACUGAGUUUCCAUCCUUGCAGGAAAUAUGAAAUGUACCGUUAUCUAACUUAUUCUUUCGUACACUCAAGCGAGGGACAUCUGUUUGGAAACGUAUUCGUUCAACUCUUACUGGGUUUUCCAAUGGAAUGCAUACAUACAUGGAGAAUAAUUCCUGCAUAUUUCAUUGGCGUUUUGGGAGGAUCCAUGACACAUUCAGUAGUGCAUCGCGACAUAUCACUGGCAGGUGCUAGCGGAGGAGUUACUUCCUUUAUUACUAUACCUAUAGCGGCGGUCAUACUAGUAAAACUGGAGAGAAAUGAGCCAUCCUACAUUUCAUCUGUUAUUAUUUGGCAUCAUAACCAUUGUGGAUGUGGUAUGUAAUCUGUUAAAUGGAACAUCGGAAAAUAUAAGUUACGCCGCUCACGCGGGGGGUGCGGUAACUGGACUUUUGUUUGGGGUGAACAUUUUGAGAAAUUUGAAGAGAACUAAACUGGAAAUAAUCGUUUGGCAUAUUUGCUGGGUGGGUUUGGUGUUAUAUGCAAGCGUUCUUGUAAUUUUAGAUGUCGUUCUACCACACAGCAGCUGUGAAAACCUUUCAGGAAACUGCACGUAUCUUUAUAACUAUUGAAUUGAAAUCAGUUUCAACAGAGCAUUUAACAUUUAUUUCACCAACUUGAUUCAUGUCUUAGAAGUAAGUAUAAUUAGAAGUAGACACUCCACGUCCUUAUCCUGUAAAUUGAUAGUAAAUAUUCGAACAACAACUACAAGUUAAUGGCAUGUAUUUCGGUGUUAUUUUCAAGAUUACCACCUUUCUAUGGCCUGGUUUGAUAAUCGGUAUUUGACACCAUAUAUCGUAUGAGCUGUUCAAAUGUUUUGCGAUACCCGACAAAGGAACUGCAACAUCAGAAUGCCCAAAACGCGGUCUUUCUUAGGCAAGUAUCAACAAAAACUCCAACUGAUCUGGCGAUCAAAACUGUCGGGGAAUAACAAAGUUGCUUGAGUAUCAUUCUCAUGUAUGGAGUUCCGUCCCUAAGCGUACCCUGAAGUUGCUAUAGAUUCCAUCCGGAAAAGAGCUAUCCGCCUGAUUGGCGACACAAAUAUCACUUGUUUCGAAAAAAGGUUGGAGAUUUGUCUCUCUUUUAUAAAUACUUUCAUGGGAGGUGUUUAUGUGAGUUGGCACAUUUGAUUCCACCAACAGCGGUGGCGGUGGCAACACAAGGUGGCGCUGUAGAACAAUUUUUUGAAAGCACUGUUCUAUAACGCUGCGCACGCUCAGGUUCGUUGAUUCUGUCAUGUGUCAAAACAUUGGAACAGCAGCAAUACAGCAACAUAGUACUAGUGUGGAAUAAAUUU